GUACCAGCCACCGACGUGUUCCUCUCCCUUGCGUCCACUCUCCUGCUGACUCAACCCUGGGCACUGAAUUCCCGCGUAUAAGUCCACGACUCAUCUCACCUCACCACCAGAGACCACCACAUCGAACGCCACGCAUUUCGCAAUCUUCCUCCUCACUUUUUUUCCAGCAGCUAGCCACGCUGGUAGAGACAGCUUGCACUGUAUAACUGUUGCCCAUCCCCCGUCUGCUCUAGGGAACCACCAGACAGCGAAACAAGAAACAUCGUCCUCCCCACUGCUCGCGCCAUUGCCUUAUACAGCAGCAGCAAAACCCUGGUGGCUAAACGCAAUCCGGAACCUCGGCCUGUUCUCGACUUACCAACUAAGACCGAACACGAUUUUUUUUUCGUACAGAUUUUUUGCCGCCUACCUGUUUCUGCAUUAAUCGCAACCAGGACAUUCGGUAUCGUAGGGGUCCAACAGCCAUUAACUACCAUCCCUAACGAUAUAACGAACGGCUAGCGGGUAGUUUUUUUUUCUCUUACCGCUACACCAGUCGGUUUGGGAGCGUGCGUAUUACCCAGAGUACGCGCGUAGUACCCCAUAUCCUAAUGGAGGCGCCGUCGGGAUUGGCGAGAAAAUCGGGGGGACUCGCGAGCGAGUCGUCCGUGUCGCUCGACUCGCGGUUAAACGACGAGGAGAAGGCGUCGUCGUUCGGCUCGACAGGCAGCGAAGACAGCGCGGAAGACGACGACGUUGCAUUGCCGCCGGACAGCAAGCUCGUCGUCAAGAUUGACGGAAAAGAUGACGGGAAAGAUAACGGGAAACUCGCCGGCGACGGCAAGUCAGAACCGGCGAAGAGAGAUCGGACCGCGCGGAUGUGGUUCGGGUUGCCGUGGUGGCAGUGCGGCCUUUGCGCGGCAGCCAUGGUGGUCGUGCUGUUCCUCAUCGUCUUCGGCGCUGUUCUCCUCGGCCUCGCCCUCGCCUUCCAUACCGACGACGUGGUAAUCCGGGUAACCAAUCUCGAUUUCCUCAACAUGUCCUUUUCGCAAAUACCCGUUUCUGACGGCACGGGCAGCAAGACGCUGAUGCUGAGCGCGCACCUGAACGUAUCGGCGAACGUGUUCAACCCGAACGACAACACGAUGGUGGUGGAGCAGCUCUUCGUCGCGAUCGACGGCAUGCAGCACCCCAUGACCAACACCACGCUGCCCGGAUUCACGCUCGCCCCCAAGGGUAACCGGUCGCAGCAGGUCGACUUUGUGGUUUCGGGGUACCCACUGUUCGACAUCGCAGCCAAUACGAGCCUGCUACUACUCGCAGACAACACCAAGAAUCUCCCGUUCAGGAUGGUAGUGAAAUCGCUAGGGCACGUUAUGUAUCGUGGCUUCGCAACUCCCUCGUACUUUUACACGUAUGCAUGCAAUGUGACAUACACUCCAGGCGUCGAAGGCAUGGACGUCAAGUCAUGCCACAAGACAAGAGUCAAGGCAUGAGCAGAAGCAGCAGCAGCAGCAGUAACAGCAACAGCGUGACGUAACAGCAAUUCUAUUAUUUGUUGCUUUCAGCAAGCAGCUGUCCCAGCAGGCACAGCAGCUGCCACAGUGGAAUCUUCAGUAACCGCAAUUCUGGGCCACUGCUGGGCGCUGAUGGAUGCAGCAGCAGCAACAUCAGCAGGUGGAAGCAGCGUAAUUGCUGCAUGCCACCGCGUAGUCCAGACACCUCUCCUUCAUGGUAGUUCGGUGCACACCUUGGAAACUUCGAAUUAAUGGGUCACUAAUGUAGUGACUUCCGCAGACAUCAUUUCUCCAUUUGCACUGUACUCGUGCAAUUUGAGGUGAAUUAUCGUGGCAAGGGAAUAAGAAAGUAGUUUCUCUUUCUUCCUGCUACUAUCCCUUUUUAUAGUAACCUUUUUGGGUAGCUGGUCAGUAAUCAUCAUUGGUUUGUUAUAUUUGGCCCAAUCUCUACCACGUGAAUUAAGUCUCAGUAGGGAUGUGAAUAAUCUUGAUAUAAUCAGAACGCGGAUUAGAAAAAGGUUCA